AUGUCUUCCAACGUGACAGAGAAUAUAGCACAAACACUAUCUUCCAACGUGACAGAGAAUAUAUCACAAACAAUGUCUUCCAACGUGACAGAGAAUACAGCACAAACAAUGUCUUCCAAAGUGGCAGAGAAUAUAACACAAACACUAUCUUCCAACGUGACAGAGAAUACAGCACAAACAAUGUCUUCCAACGUGGCAGAGAAUACAGCACAAACAAUGUCUUCCAACGUGGCAGAGAAUAUAGCACAAACAAUAUCUUCCAACGUGACAGAGAAUAUAACACAAACACUAUCUUCCAACGUGACAGAGAAUACAGCACAAACAAUGUCUUCCAACGUGACAGAGAAUAUAGCACAAACAAUGUCUUCCAACGUGUUAGAGAAUAUAACACAAACACUAUCUUCCAACGUGACAGAGAAUACAGCACAAACAAUGUCUUCCAACGUGACAGAGAAUACAGCACAAACAAUGUCUUCCAACGUGACAGAGAAUAUAGCACAAACAAUGUCUUCCAACGUGACAGAGAAUACAGCACAAACAAUGUCUUCCAACGUGUCAGACAAUACAGCACAAACAAUGUCUUCCAACUUGACAGAGAAUACAGCACAAACAAUGUCUUCCAACGUGACAGAGAAUACAGCACAAACAAUGUCUUCCAACGUGACAGAGAAUACAGCACAAACAAUGUCUUCUAACGUGACAGAGAAUACAGGACAAACAAUGUCUUCAAACUUGACAGAGAAUAUAGUACAAACAAUGUCUUCCAACGUGAUAGAGAAUAUAAACAAUGUCUUCCAACUUGACAGAGAAUAUAGUACAAACAAUGUCUUCCAACGUGAUAGAGAAUAUAGCACAAACAAUGUCUUUCACAUGACAAGAACACAGCACAAACAAUGUCUUCCGAUGUGA